AUGAAGAUCAAGAAACAGGCUACAUCGCGACAUGAGUCGACUCUGUCGCCGAUGAUAGCAGACUUCGUAAAGGCAACCGAGUCAAUACCGCUAUUCCAGCUGCCCGCACAUCUCGCCUCCUUCCCUAGGCACUGGCCCUUUCCCCGCGGUGACGCAUAUCACUGGAUCCCCGCCCUCAACCGCUUCGACCACAUCCUCGAGCUGUUCAACAAGGAGUAUGGCCUGGCAGACGGACCGCAGACGCAGUCCUUCCAGCGCCGACUACUGCUCAAGGGCGAUGUCGAGGAAGGAAACACCAGCUCGGAGCAGACCACAACCGAUGCUGUCCUGGAUACCCUGCACGUAUCACAGGAUGGCGAUCGCGAGCUGAUCGAGCAGAUCCUCAACUUCACGCGCAUGCUCUUGGAGAAUUGCGGCAAUCGUAGUCUGUACUCUAGCAGCGAGCGCUUGGACAAGCUACUAAACACGACUUCCACAUCUCUUCUCAAAGCUACGCUUCGUCUAGGUCAUCGACUCGCUCAGCGCUACGCCGCCGCACGCAUGCGCCUGGCUCCGGCCACCCUCCACCCAUCUCUUCUCUCCAGCCACUACAACAUCAAUCUCGACAAGGUCCAGAAGCUGGCCAGCCCAUUCGCAAAGGGCCCCGCCACAGCAGUACCAGUGUUCGGCACACCGGCAGGCAAAGGCAAGGAGCGCGCUGGCAGCACUGAUAAGAUUAGUCCGUCCGAUCUCGUUGCCAUGUACUCCAUGUCCGAAGCAUCGAUGAAGCAGGAGUUCGGAGGCGUCCUCGUCUCGUACUAUGAACCCACUCCCUCGUCCGAAGCAGAGAGCAGCAAACCGGCUUCCAUAGACACACCCGCACCCACAACACCGACUCCAGUGCGAAGAACGUCAAGCAUGAACCCCAACCGAACACCGCGACAGCCUCAGCCUCCGCCCGCUACCGAUUCACCGAGCACGCCAGUCUUCACACCUGGACAACCCAGUAGUACAACGAAUGGGCCCAAGACUUUCGAGCUGUCAGCCGAGAAGGUGGUCAAGACCGACAUCCACGACCUUAUUAAGGAAGGACUCGCACGUCUACCGGAAACAGCCCACUACGAAUUCCUCCACAAGCUUCGCACCGCGAAGAUGUUCCACGAGGGACACACAGGGCGCGACAGUGCAGUCGCCAUCCGUCUUCUAUCCAUCGCAAACAUUGGCUACGUACACGUCGAGAAGGAGUUCAUGGCAAAGCUGGGUCAGCAAGAUGCAGAUGAGCCACGCCGGUUACAACUUGCCUACCAGCUCUCUGAGCUGGUCCAUCCGCCAGGCAACGGUGAGACUGGAAUCUCGACGGAACUGCAGACUUACACCAUGAGCGCUCUUGAGGCGCUCGCAAAGCACAAGUCCAAAGCGCCUGAUGUUUGCACCGCCCUCAGCGUCAACGUUAACCAUGGUGUACUUUUCUACGUUGUGCGCAAGCUUGUCGCUGGACUUGGCGAAGAGACAGGUAACCCUGAUGAUGUCGAAGAAGAUGAGUGGCGCGAUGCUUUGUUCUCUCUUCUGAACACUCUACCUACUUCUCAAACGCGCACUGGUGAGCAGAUGGUGGCCGCUGGUCUUCUGGAAGUUCUAGUCGAUGUCCUCAAGCUGCGUACCGCUAAGGCAGAACGCAAUCACCCUAAGAUUCUCAACUUCCUUGACACAUUCGUCUAUAACCUGCGCGACGCCUUCUCAGCCCUUGUAGCCGCGAAGGGACUUGAAAUCAUCGCUGAUCUGAUGCAAUACGAAGUCGACACUUCUAAGAAGCUCGCAGAAGAGGACAAGGGCAUGCCCAAGGAGUACAAGACGCAGCUUACUGAUUAUCAAAUUCCGUUUUACCACCAGCAGAGUCUACGCUGGCUUUUCAAGUUCCUCAACCAUAUGAUGUCACAUACAGGCGGAAAUUUCGAUCGCCUGAUGCGAAACUUGCUUGACUCGCAACAGCUGCUCAGCAGCUUGCGCACUGUGCUAUCCAAUGCCAAGACGUUCGGCUCAACUGUCUGGAGUAUGGCUGUCACAAUCCUUACCAGCUUCAUCAACAAUGAGCCCACUAGCUAUCAAGUCAUCGCCGAGGCGGGUCUUAGCGAUGCGUUCCUGGAGACUGUGGCUGGAGAGCCCGCUUCAGAAGCAAUUGCUGCAGCCAACGCUGAUGUGAGUGCUUCAACACCAUCGACAUAUCCUCCACGAGAAGCUGGAAAGUCACUUGCGGAGGGUAUCCUGCCUGUCGCAGAAGCCAUUUCGACUUUACCACCGGCCUUCGACGGCAUCUGCUUAGCUGAGGCUGGUAUGAAGUUGUUUCAGUCAUCAAUCGCACUUGAGCGAUUCUUUGAGAUUUUCGAGAGUCCUGCCCAUAUAAAAGCACUUGAUGCUGAUACCGAGAUGCCUACUUUGAUCGGAAACUCUUUCGAUGAGCUGGUGCGCCAUCACCCACCUCUGAAGGCACGUGUUCUUUCAUGUCUCAGCGAAUUGAUAGCGCGCGUGGUUCAACUUUGCGCCGAGAAGGCCGUUAAGGAAGGUGUGGGAGCUAAGCUUUGGUCCGAGGACGCUGCUGGUAAGCUGACCGUCGCUGGCGGCCGCCAAGCCCUUUCUGGGCCACGCUCUCAACAGAGCACAGUUCAAGCUUCGGAAUCUACAGCUACCGACGUAGAGAUGAAGGAUGCUGAUGAUACUGCUAACGAACCAGUCGCUUACGACCAAAUCACUGAGACCGAAGACAGCACCAAGGGCCCUACUACCGGUCAAUACAUCCGCGUUCUGUGUCGCUUCCUCUCUGGAUUCUUCUCAAAUCACGCCAUGUGCGCUGCGUACGUCGAGCUCGAUGGUGUAGACAAGAUUCUCGACAUCUCAAGCCUUGCCUGCUUAGAUCCAAAGGCAAGUGAGUACCGCAGCAUGUGUGAGCAAUUCGGCCAUGUUGUCCAAGUACUCGUCGAGCAGAAGCCGCAUAUCGCAGUGCCAUCUCUGAUCAAACGUACACAAGCAGCCUUGGAGCACUUGCAGCCUCUCCUCGACCACACCGGCAAGCAGGCUUUCUUCGCACCUUUUACCAGUUCUGGCACUUCUCAGAACACUGAGAAUUUGCAACGAGGCACACAAUACGUCAAAGCCCUAGUUUCUGCCCAUACUCUCGUCGGAGCUAUGACCUUAACAUUCCAGAGCCAGAUGUAUACUACCCGCUCUUCGCACAAUGUGUCUAGCCAAGUCAAUCUCGCCGACAUGUAUGCACGUCUUGUGGAUAGCCUCGGAAGGUUACAUCGAAGCUGUGUAUGGGAAGAGUUGUUACUACAGCGUAACAUGCCUACAGAAUGGGAGAAGGAGACCCGUAUCACUAGCUCAGGCUUUGGAAACGAUGAAGCCGACAAUGUGUUCCGAAUUGGAAACAGCGCUACCGAAUCACCAAGCAACGGUGACGCUGCCGCUCCUGGCUCGAAUUCAGAGAACCCUGUUGCGAGCCAGAAUAGUGCGCAAUUCAAGAACACACAGACUCUCCGCAAUUUGCUUAGCAGGAUACCUACCGAGGUUGCACCGUUCUUCCAGUCGCUUGGUAAACUCCUCUUGUUUCGCCGCAGCUUGGAGGCUUACCAGAGGCAAUGUGCUACUGUUGUGUCAGACCAACUUGCUCAGGCCGUCAUCGAUCAGCUCGAAUACGAAGGUCCGAAAGAAUCGGAGAUCAUUGAAGAUCGGUAUGCGUACUGGAUUGUCAUCCUGACAUCCUUGUCGCAGCUCAUCGUAGAGCCAAACCUCGAUCGAUCACAAGCUUUGACGCUGCUACUCGUGUCUUUCCGCAACCUAGGUGGAUUCGAUGUUUUAGCGAACAUUCUCAACCAAUUCUACCAAUCGGCGCUCAAACUUACCUCGAAGCAGAUGGACGACACCACCAGCGAGGAGACGAAGCGACUGCUCAACCUGUCGCUUGGAGGCAUCAAGAUUAUUUUGGCCUUUUACUCUCAGAUCAUUAACUUCAAGGUCAUCUCAGAGUCUCCACAGACGUCAUCCAUGCAAACCCGGCCAGACCGCGAUCGGGAGCGGUCUGACUAUUUCUUGACUGCACAAUUCCUCGUCGAGCUCCGCUACGCUGUGAUUGUUCCUGUCGAGAAGAUUUGGAAUUCGGAUCUCAUCGACAAAGCAACCACGUCAAUUGUGAAGACGUCUAUCAACAUUCUAAAAUCUGUUCUUGAGUGUGAAGGCGAGCACGGAGCGUGGAAGAGUAUCGACAAGAUUCCAAAGCGUAGCAAACCUAUAAUCAAGCCUUGGUCUGCUAGGAAUGGAGAUCACUUGCCGCGUCUGAAGGAAAACGGACAUGAGGAGAGCCUGGCUGAAGAAGCCCUGUAUCGCUGCUGCGACAACUUCAACAUGGCAAAUGAGUACUGCAAGAAUCAGGCCCGUCCAGGUGUUUCCAGGAACCCUAUUCCACAGUAUGAGAUUCAAGCGCGUGGCCCGCCGUCCACCUCGCCGAGCCGAGCUGAAGUGGUGGUCCCCGAGCAUCCAGAUGAUGCUAGCAUGACAUCAAGCGAAGUAACGCGGGAUGAAGAUGGCUCUGAGCAGCCGGAGACACAGUCGGUUCAGAUGGAAGACGCCGACACUUCGACUGCAGAGACAGAAGCGCCUACGUCUACUACACCUGUACCGGGUGAUCAGCCGAGCCAGGCACCUGCUGUACCGCAGGAUACUCUUGCUUAUCAAAAGCGGAUGGCUAACGGAAAUUCAACUCAGCUUGUUGCACUAGACAUGUUGGAUGAACAGCGAACCAAGCUCCGUGAGAGACUUGUUGAGCAAUCUCUUGACGUGCUCAACACGCACGAGGAUGUCACCUUCGAGCUUGCCGAUCUCAUCUCAGCCGCCGUUUCAAAGGCACCAGAUCCAUCCGAGAUGCGUGGGGAAAUCGGCAUGAUGCUCGUACAGUCUCUCAUGUCACUGCAGAGUGACGACGACUUCCGAAAUCAGGGCAAGAAGAUAGCAGCUUCAGCCCAUCUUUUGGCCUUGAUACUACAAGAGAAGGAUUUCUACGAUGUCAUUGUUGAGCAGCUUAAGGAACAUUUCACUACGUUGUUGGGUUUCAUCAAAAUCUUCCCAGAUCAAUCUCCGGAAGAUUCAUCACCUUGGAUCGGCCAGGUCUUGCUUAUCGUCGAACGACUACUAGCUGAGGAUCAACUUCCGCACCAAAUUUCAUGGACUCCGCCAACGGAAGAGUCAACAGAAGAGACCACAGUUGACGAGCUACCACAGCCGAUUGUCAGUGUCGAGGAGAAAGAUCUGCUGUUCAAUGCGAUUAUCGAAAUGCUGCCUCGCAUCGGGAAGGAUGAGUCGUUGGCUCUAUCCGUGACACGAGUACUAGCCAUGCUUACUCGCACUCGCAAGAUAGCGACCCGUCUCGCAGAGAAGCGCAACAUCCAGCGACUGUUCCUUAUGGUCAAGCAACUUGCGGGCAUCACCAACGAAGGCCUGCGUAGCGCUUUCAUGAUUGUCCUUCGCCACAUGAUCGAAGAUGACGAAAUGAUUCGGCAGAUCAUGCGUACCGAGAUCCAGCAGAUGUUUGAGUCGCGCGACCGAAGACAGACAGACACCACUGGCUACACUCGCCAGAUGUACGCGCUAGCCAUUCGUGCACCUGAGAUCUUCGUCGAAGUCACCAACGAGAAACUCCAGCUGAAGGGCUUCGAUCCCAACCAGCGACCACAAGCUCUGAUGCUCAAGAAGACUGAGCCACCUUCAACUGAAGGAGCGAGCAUCGUGGAAUCCUCGGAGGUCACUGCGGAGGCUGACAAACCAAAGGAAUCUAGCGAAGCGCCUAAACAGCCAUUCCUCGAGCGAACAAAGACUUCGGAUCUCAAGGUUCCUGUAGUUGAGAACCCUGACGGCGUCAUCCACUACCUGCUCUGCGAGCUGCUAGCUUAUAAGGAAGCAGAAGACAAGCCUGAGGCUGCCAAGCCAAAAGAGAGCGCACCUGAAGCGCAGGCAAGCAAUGAGUCGGGCUCCGACGCCGCUACUGCCGCCCCUGCUGCUGCUUCCACGGAGGCCGCCAAACCCGAAAAACCCGUAUUCAAGGCCGAAGAGCAUCCAAUUUACAUCUACCGCUGCUUCAUCUUGAAGUGUCUCUCCGAGCUUGUACAGAGCUACAACCGCACAAAGAUUGAAUUCAUCAACUUCUCCAGGAAGGCAGACCCUUACACCGUGACACCAUCGAAGCCUCGCUCGGGCGUCCUGAACUAUCUCCUCAAUAACGUUGUUCCUAUCGGGAGCCUGAACCAUGAAGGGGAUCUUGCUUUCAAGAAGAAGCUGUUGACAUCGAACUGCGCAAUCGACCUCAUCGUGUCGCUCUGUAACAAGACUGGAGAGUUUGCCCUGCCCAAGACCGAUGUGCCGAUCUCACCAUAUGUUGAGACUGAGCCAGACUUACUCUUCGUGCGCAAAUUCGUCCUUGAGCAUGCCCUGAAGGCAUUCAAGGAUGCCAACGCUUCGGACGAGCCGCUCGACAUGAAGUACUCGCGUCUGCUAAGUAUCGCCGACAUCUUCUCCAGGAUGGUGUCGCAGCGUCCAAAUGGCGAGAUGCUUACCCAGAACGCCGAUCUGACUCCUAACCUGAAGCAGAUGGCGAAGAUCAUGUAUGAGAAGAACUUUGUCACUAUCCUCACAACGGCGAUCUCAGACAUCGACCUCAACUUCCCGAACGCUAAGCGCGUAGUUAAGUACAUUCUCAAGCCUCUGAAGUGGCUUUGUUACGUCGCCAUGGAUCUGAGUAUGCACUACGAUACCUCCUCAGCCCCAGACUCCGCCGAUGAGUACGAGAUUUCGACCGCAUCCGAUGACGAUCUCAUUGGCAACGGGCGGGAGGAGACGCCUGAUUUGUUCCGCAACUCCACACUGGGCAUGUUCGAAGCCCACGAGUCAGAAUCGGACGAAGACUCGGAAGAUGAAGAGGGUGAAGAGAUGAUGUACGAUGACCCUUACGCGGAUGAUAUGGAGUACGAUGAAGGCGAUAUUGGUGACGACGAUGUCGUUUCCGAUGACGAUGAAGAAAUCCUCGAGAUGGAUAUCGAUGGCAUGGGUCCAAUUGAGGGUCUUCCUGGUGAUGUUGAUGUUGAGAUCGAACUCGACGAUGAUGGCAACGCCAUGGGCUCCGACGAUGAUUCAGAAGAUGAUGAGGAAGACGAUGAGGACGAGGAUGACGAUGACAUGGACGAUAUGGAUGAUGAUGGUGACGAUGGCAUGGAUGAUAUGGAAGAGGCCAUGGACGCCAUGGAAGAGGUGACAGGUGAUGACGAGAAUGCUAGCCUUGCCGAUGAUCAAGAGGAUGACUGGAGCGACGAUCCAGACGAUUUCCCUGGCGGCCCCAACGGCGACGCUAACAUGCCACCGGGCGCGCUGGGCUUCGUCCUUGAUCCACCUCAGCUUCUUGAGCAGAUGCGUCAGCAAGGCGGGGAUCUUGAGGAUUUCCUAGAUGACAACAUGGAAGAAGAAGAUAUGGAUGAUGAGGAAGAGGAAUAUGACGAAGAUAUUCACUACGAUCCUGGCAUGGAGGACGACGACGACGCCAUGCCGGAAAUUGCAUGGGGUGGUGGCUGGGAAGACCCUCAACCCCCUACUGUUCGACAUACCCACCGCCUCAGUCCAUGGAUGUUCCCAGCAGGUCCAGGCGAUCGCAUCCUUGUACCAGCUUACCGCUCACAUCGCCCAGGUGCUGGUCCCCGCGUCACUGACGACGGUAUUAACCCUCUGCUUCAGCGAGGCGGUCGCUCCGCUGGACGAGAUGGCCUACCACGCAACGAAGGCAACAGCGACUGGGUUCACGCCAUCGAAGGUCGCGGUCCUCGUGUCUUCAGUCAAAAUGACAGCCCUGUCUCAUUCAUCAGCAACUUGUUGAACGCGAUGAGCUCCGGCGCUGGCGGCCCGACAUUACACCAGCAUGGUGGCGCGCUGCAUCUUUCUUUCAGCAACUCCAUGGGUAUGCCACCUUUUGAUAGUGGUAUGCGCCGUGAUAUUGCUCGCAUGCGAGAGAACUACACAUCGCGCACUGCUCGCGAAGACCCACACUCUGCGGUAGCUUUCGCCAAGGUAUAUACCAGCCAGCGCUGGCAGGAAGAAGCUAGAAUUCUCUACGGCCCUGCGGCAAUCGAGAAGAGUAACCGGGUCAUCAACUCCAUCCUAAAAGUCAUGGUUCCACCCGCCAUGGAGGCAGCGAAGAAGCGUCUAGAAGAGCGCCAGGCAGAAGUCGCCCGCAAGCUUAAGGAAGAGCAAGAGGAGAAGGAGAAGCAGGAGCGUGAAGAACGCGAGAGACGUGAGGCACAAGAAAAGGAAGAUCGCGAGCGACAGGAACGCGAAGCCGCUGAAGCUGCGAGCCGAGCUCCAGAGCAACCUGCAGAGGACGAAUCCAAGGCGGAGCCUGAGACUGCACCGGAAGCGCAAGCGAUGGAGGGCGUUGAGGCUGGAGAAGCCUCGACACAACCCGCCGCUGCUGAGUCGGCCCCUGCAGAACCUGCUGGGCCACCUCCACAACGCAUCACCACCAUGAUUCGAGGUCAUGAGUACGACAUUACGGAUCUGGGUAUCGACACCGAGUAUCUGAACGCUCUUCCCGAAGAUCUACGUGAAGAAGUCUUGAUGCAGCAGGUGGCUGAGCGUAGAGCAGAACAACGGGCUGCAGCACGACGACAAGAACAAGCGCAGCAGCAGUCGCAAGCCCCGGCACAAGCACAAGCUCCUGCUGCACCCGAAGAGGCAGGAGCAGCAGGUGAAGUUCCUACAGAUAUCAACGAGGACUUCCUAGCAGCACUUCCCGCAGAUAUUCGAGCCGAGUUGCUUGCGCAAGAAGCACAAGAGCGUCGACGCCGAGAGCGCGAAGAGAAUCGCCGUCGCAAUCAAGCCAACGCUGGUGCCCCUCCUCCACAAGCAGAAGAGAUGGAUCCUGCAAGCUUCUUCGCGUCACUGGACCCUAAUCUACGAGCUGCUGUGCUCAUGGAUACGGACGAAGACAUCUUGCGCCAGCUACCACCAGAAUUAUCUGCAGAGGCUCGAGCGAUGGGAGGCGAUCGUCGGUUACAUCAGUUCAACGACUUCGGCUAUAGACGAGGUGAUCGCCGUGCCCAGCCUGAUGAUCCGUCGCAGAAGAAGAAGACUCGUCCUUGUGUACAAAUGCUUGACAAAGCCGGCGUCGCGACACUUCUUAGACUCAUGUUCAUCCCACAGCAGGGAAGCGCAAAGGGUAGCCUGAGCUCCAUCUUGCGCUACGUCUGUGAGAAUCGCCAAAACCGUGCAGAGGUCAUCAGCAUCCUGCUCAGCAUUCUUCAAGAUGGAAGUGCUGACGUAAAUGCUGUCGAGAAGAGCUUCGCGCAACUGUCAAUUCGAGCCAAGCAGCCUCAGCAACCAGCGGACAAGACCCCGAAGAUCUCCCGCAAAAACGGCGCUUUAUCAAUCAACGCAGACGUCUCUCCACUUAUGGUUGUUCAGCAAUGUCUUAACACGCUUACCCAGCUGACAGAGAAGAACCCCGCUGUCUGGCAAUUCUUCCUGACCGAACAUGAGACGGGCGUUGGAUUCAAGAACCGCGCCAACCGCAAGGGCAAGGCUAAAGAGACCAAGGCGAAUAGGUAUCCGGUCAACGCUUUACUUACCCUGCUCGACCGCAAGCUCAUCGUUGAGAGCUCCACCAUCAUGGAGCAAUUGACGACACUGCUGAAGGUCAUCACCGCACCGCUGCAGGUUCUCAAAAAGGAGAAGGAGAAGGCUGCUGAAGAGGCGAAGAAGGAGGCCGAGACAUCUGCGGAUGGCCAGGCCACCGAGAACCAGCCUGCCGAUACUGCAGCCAUAGAGGCUCGUCCCGAAGGCCAAGAUACGGAGAUGACGACCGCUUCUGAAACCGCUGCUCAGCCUGAAGCCGCUACUGCUGAGGGCGAAGGUAGCAUUUCCAGGCCUGACGAGUCAAAGGCCGAAGACGACAAGACGAAGAAACACCGCACUCUCACACCGCCCGAUGUGCCUGAAGUCAACCUUCGACUUGUCGCCAAGAUUCUGGCUGCUCGGGAAUGCAACAGUAAGGUAUUCCAGGAGACUCUCAACGUCAUCAGCAAUCUUUCGCCCAUACCUGGUGCGAAGGAGGUCUUCGGCCAAGAAUUGCUGGGGAUUGCUAAGGAUCUGGCCAGCUCAACACUCCAUGACCUUACCAGCUUGACGAUUCAAGUCUCAAAGGCAAGCUCGCCUACUGAUGUCCAGGGCAUCGCACUUGCCAAAUUCUCCCCAGCAAGCUCCGACCAAACUAAACUGCUACGGGCCCUGACGGCACUUGACUAUCUCUUUGAUCCAUCACGUGACAGCAGGGACAAGCCUGAAUCUGCUGCAGAGGCACUCGAGCCCGCUCAAAAGGAAGAUAUCCUCUUGACCUUAUAUGAGGAUCGAGCUUUCGCGCCCUUAUGGGAGAAGCUCAGUGAGUGUCUGACGGUCAUCCGCCAGCGUGGCAACAUGCUCAAUAUCGCUACCACACUCCUUCCGCUGAUUGAGAGUCUUAUGGUUGUCUGCAAGAAUACUACUCUCAAGGAGAUGCCUUUGUCUAAGAUGAUGCCUAAGGAAUUCGCCCUAUCUAGCCCGCCGCCUGAAAGCAGGAUGGAGAAUUUGUUCUUCAACUUCACUGAAGAGCAUAGGAAGAUUCUCAACGAUCUUGUUCGCCAGAAUCCUAAGUUGAUGAGUGGCACAUUCUCUCUUCUCGUCAAGAAUUCCAAGGUGCUGGAGUUCGACAACAAGCGUAACUACUUCAACAGAAAACUCCACUCCCGAGGCGGCGACCGACAAGCACAUCCGCCUCUGCAGCUUUCUGUCCGCCGAGACCAAGUCUUCUUGGACUCUUUCAAGUCGCUGUACUUCAAGUCAGCCGACGAAAUGAAGUUUGGCAAGCUUAGCAUCCGCUUCCACGGCGAAGAAGGUGUUGACGCUGGUGGUGUUACUCGCGAAUGGUUCCAGUCCAUCUCACGCCAGAUGUUCAACGCCGACUACGCUCUUUUCGUACCUGUUGCUUCCGAUCGCACGACAUUCCACCCCAACCGCCUCAGUUCUAUCAACCCUGAGCAUCUGAUGUUCUUCAAGUUCAUUGGUCGCAUCAUCGGUAAAGCGCUCUACGAAGGUCGCGUUCUGGACUGCCAUUUCAGCCGAGCGGUCUACAAGCAAAUCAUGGGCAAGCAGGUUAGCCUCAAGGACAUGGAGACACUUGAUCUGGAAUACUACAAGUCCCUGGAAUGGAUGAUUCAUAACGAAAUCACGGACAUUAUCACGGAAACCUUCUCAGUGGAAGUCGAGGCCUUCGGUGAGAUGCAGACUGUCGACCUCAUUGAGAACGGUCGUAACAUUCCGGUCACCGAAGACAACAAGCACGAGUACGUUCGCCUCAUCACUGAGCACCGUCUUGUCGGCGCCGUCCAAGAGCAACUUGAGAACUUCCUCAAGGGCUUCCACGACAUCGUUCCCGCUGAACUGGUCUCCAUCUUCAGCGAACAAGAACUCGAACUUCUCAUCUCCGGUCUUCCUGACAUCAACGUGGACGACUGGAAGAACAACACCGAGUACCACAACUACACGGCCGCCUCACCACAGAUUCAAUGGUUCUGGCGCGCUGUCCGAACGUUCGAGAAGGAAGAGCAGGCCAAGCUACUGCAAUUCGUUACUGGUACUAGCAAGGUGCCACUGAAUGGUUUCAAGGAACUCGAGGGCAUGAACGGGUUCAGCAAAUUCAAUAUCCAUCGCGAUUAUGGUAGCAAGGAUCGUUUGCCGAGUAGUCAUACUUGCUUUAACCAACUUGACCUCCCCGAGUAUGAAACUUAUGAGGAUCUGCGUAAGGCCUUGUACACCGCUAUGACGGCUGGUGGCGAGUACUUUGGAUUCGCCUAG